AUGGAGAGAGCGUUCGUUUAUGUAAUAGUUGGAGGAGGAGUGGCAGCUGGAUAUGCAGCUCAUGAAUUUGUUAAAAGAGGCGUUUCUCAUGGAGAACUCUGUAUAAUCUCUGAAGAAUCGGUUGCACCAUAUGAAAGGCCUGCAUUAAGCAAAGGUUUUUUACUUCCAGAAGAUCCUGCUCGUCUCCCAUCAUUUCAUUGUUGUGUAGGUUCCAAUGAGGAGAAGUUAACCCCGAAAUGGUACAAGGAACAUGGUAUUGAAUUGAUUCUUAAUACACAAGUUAAGUCGGCUGAUGUGAAGAGCAAAAUGCUACUAAUUGCGACAGGAGAAACCAUAAGCUACAAAAUUCUCAUUGUUGCAACAGGUGCUCGGCCUUUGAAGCUGGAAGAAACUGGGGUGAGAGGAUCUGAUGCCGCUAAUGUGUGCUACUUAAGAGAUUUGGCAGAUGCAGAAAAACUUGUAAAUGUCAUGCAGUCCUCUAGUGGUGGAAAUGCCAUUGUCCUUGGUGGAGGCUAUAUAGGAAUGGAAUGUGCUGCAUCUUUGGCGAUAAACAAAUUAAAAGUUACUAUGGUUCUACCCAGGGCACAUUGUAUGGCCCGUUUAUUUACCCCCAAGAUUGCCAGUUACUAUGAAGAAUUUUACAAGUCUAAAGGAGUGAAGUUCGUCAAAGGAACUGUCUUGACAUCAUUUGAUUUCAACACAGAAGGGAAGGUCACUGCUGCUAAUUUGAGUGACGGAAGUAAGCUUCCAGCAGAUAUGGUUGUCAUCGGGAUUGGUAUCCAUCCAAAUACAAGUCUGUUCGAAGGCCAACUAACCUUGGAGAAAGGGGGGAUCAAAGUGAACUAUAGGAUGCAAUCUAGCAACACCUCCGUCUAUGCUGUUGGGGAUGUCGCUGCAUUUCCAGUCAAAUUUUUUGGAGAAACACGACGAAGGCUCGAGCAUGUUGACUCUGCACGAAAGACGGCAAGGCAUGCAGUUGCAGCAAUUAUGGAACCAAAAAAGACAGGUGAAUUCGACUACCUGCCAUUCUUCUACUCCAAAAUCUUCACACUGUCUUGGCAAUUUUAUGGGGAAAAUAUCGGGGAAGUUUUUCAUUUUGGGGAUUUCUCGGGAAAGACAUUCGGAGCCUACUGGAUACAUAAUGGUCACCUAGUCGGAUCAUUCCUCGAGGGUGGAACUAAAGAACAAUACGAGGCUAUAGCUCAGGCCACAAGGCUGAAACCCGCAAUUGAAGACUUAACCGAGCUCGAGAGGCAGGGUUUGGGUUUUGCCUUGUCCGUGAGCCAGAAACCUCCCCCAUCCCAGCCUAUUAUUGGUGGUGGGUCAGGUCGGGUGCCGGAUAAAAAACCUAUUUAUGCAUGGCGUGCAACUGCUGGAGUUAUUUUGGCUGCGUCUAUAGCAGCCUUUGCUUACUGGUAUAGUAGGACGGAAAGUGGUGAAAAUUUUGUUUUUGACAGCAUUGCACGUUUAAGAAUUUGA